AUGAGAGAAGAAAACGAGUCUUUUACCACAGAUUUCACUCUCCUGGGAGUUACCAGGCAGCGGGAGCAGGAAUAUUUCUUUUUCAUCCUCUUCCUGUUCAUUUACCCCAUCACAGUGGUUGGAAACAUGCUCAUCAUCCUAGCCAUACAUUCUGACAGUCGCCUUCACAACCCCAUGUAUUUCUUCCUUGCCAACCUCUCCCUUGUUGACAUCUUCUUCUCCUCUGUAACUAUCCCCAAGAUGUUGGCCAACCAUAUGCUAGGCAGCAAAGCCAUCUCCUUUGGAGGAUGCCUGGCACAGAUGUAUUUCAUGAUAGCAUUGGCAAACACAGACAGCUAUAUACUAGCUGCAAUGGCAUAUGACCGAGCUGUGGCCAUCAGCCGCCCACUUCAUUAUACAACAAUCAUGAGUCCACGGCCUUGUAUCCUGCUGGUUGCUGGGUCCUGGGUGGUUGGAAAUGCCAAUUCACUGGUCCACACUAUACUCACAGCUAGCUUGUCCUUCUGUGGCAACAAGGAUGUGGCCAACUUCUACUGUGACAUUACACCUUUGCUCCAGCUGUCCUGUUCUGACAUCCGUUUCAAUGUGAAGAUGAUGUACCUCGGGGUGGGGGUUUUCUCUGUACCACUGCUGUGCAUUGUCAUCUCCUAUGUCCGGGUCUUUUCCACAGUCUUACGGGCUCCAUCCACCAAGGGCUUCCUCAAGGCCUUGUCUACCUGUGGAUCUCACCUGACAGUGGUGUCUUUGUAUUACGGAACAGUCAUGGGCAUGUAUUUCCGUCCCCUGAACAGUUACAAUCUGAAGCAUGCAUUGAUAACUGUAAUGUACACGACAGUGACCCCAAUGCUGAACCCUUUCAUCUAUAGCUUGCGGAACCGGGACAUGAAGGCUGCACUAAGGAAACUCUUCCACCGCAGCUCCUUCUCAUCCUCCAUGUGA